CCGACUGCUGACUCGUCCUGGCCGGUCAACAUGCUGAAGACCCGCCAGUGUUUACUCGGCAUCCGCACUUUCCUGGGCGUCACGUCUCGAAUAUGGGGCUUCUUCAUGUACAUCCUCAGGAAGCACCUGCGAACGAUCAUCCAGUAUCAGACGGUGCGAUAUGACACCCUGCCUCUGUCGCCGAUCUCCAGGAACAGACUGAACGGAGUCAAGAGGAAGAUUCUGGUCCUGGACCUGGAUGAGACGCUGAUCCACUCUCACCACGACGGGGUCUUGAGGCCCACAGUGAGGCCGGGAACGCCGCCAGACUUCAUUCUCAAAGUCGUCAUCGACAAGCACCCGGUGCGAUUCUUCGUCCACAAAAGGCCACACGUGGACUUCUUUUUAGAAGUGGUGAGCCAGUGGUACGAGCUGGUGGUUUUCACGGCCAGCAUGGAGAUCUACGGCUCGGCGGUGGCGGACAAGCUGGACAACAAUAGAAAUGUUCUCAGACGCCGAUAUUACAGACAGCAUUGUACAUUGGAUCUAGGUAGUUAUAUCAAAGAUUUGUCUGUAGUACACGACGACCUGUCCAGUAUUGUCAUUCUCGACAACUCGCCCGGUGCUUAUCGAAGCCAUCCAGAUAAUGCAAUACCCAUCAAGUCGUGGUUCAGUGAUCCCAGUGACACAGCACUUCUUAACUUGCUGCCUAUGCUGGAUGCGUUAAGGUUCACCGCCGACGUCCGCUCCGUCCUCAGUCGAAACCUCCACCAGCAUCGGCUCUGGUGAUUGGCCGACCGGAGAACAUCGGUCAAAAAGACGACCCGCCGGCGCUUCCGCGUUGGGAUGAACAUUUUGGGUGCCAGAUUUUUAGCCCCGCCGCCAUCUUAGUUCUAUACUUGACCCUGCCGCCCCUGGCAAAAAAAAAAAAAAAAAAAUUGAACUGGAGCUUCUCCGACGCCUUUUUAAACUUUUUUUUUCUCCCCCCUCCCUUACUGCUGAUGAAAUGAAGAGGAUCCAUCCACAAAGUAAACGACAUUACAGAUUCAAAUUUUUACAAUUUGCUGAUCAUAUACUUUUGGCCCCAUUUCUUCUUUUUUUUUCUCCUCAAAAGGAUACAGACAGUUUUUUUUCCCUUGCAGGACACCUGUCAUCUUUGGAUAUUUUUGUUUGUUUUUGUGGGUUAUGGAAAAAAAACGACAAACUCGUGAGGAUAAAACAUAUGGCUUGUACCCAUUCUAUGGCCUGCUGUGCUGUCUUUUCCAUAUCUGUCACCAUUAAAUAACAUUUCACCCUCCUCAUUGAAUUGCAAUUUCACUUGUCCCCAUUCUCCUUCUCUUCUGUUUUCCUUGUAUUUCAUUGACAGCCCCCCCCCCCGCCCCUUUACUGUAUGGAUUUUUACAGUCUUUCAAAAUGCCUUCUGAACAAUACAACGUCCAGGCUCCGAAGCUGCGUCUUUAUCGGCUCUGUUUUAUAAGUAAUUAUGGAAGAAAAAACACGUCAGUAUCAGUUUUCGGGCGGUCACUGACCAUCAAUUAUCCUCUUGGGAAAUGAAAUGCUGUCAUAAAGCCGCUUUACUAAGUUUCCCCAUGACGUGUAAUAACAUGUCGUACCAGUGUAAAAAGAAGUGAGGUCAGAAUGUAAAAAGUACUUGACAAACUUCUGCUUUUUAACAUUUCUGUCAUUUCACCCUGGGGGCUCUAUGCUGGCCAUUUGUGUCCACCUCACUUUCUUUUUCUUUUUUUUUUUUGGAACCAUUGUAGCCAACAAUUAUCCUAAGGAUGGGGAUUUUUGUCUUAUUUUGUCAUUUCCAGUUCAAGCUCAUAUGCUGUUUACAUGAAAUUGUACCUUUUGGCUAUGUUGUGGCCACUAUUGGUAAAUUAAAAUGCAUAAAAACUGAAUUAAAAAAAAAAAAGUGA